GUUGAGGCAGAACACGGCCAGGGGCAAGGGCGCGUACAGCUAGCGAUCGGGUGAGGUUCACACAAAAAAAGCGGAAACAGAAAUGAAACGUCUAUUGGUUUAAGUGCUCCAGAUUUUAACAGCGAGCUAAACGUCAAAGUCUAUGGAGUAGGACAAAGUAUAAAAAUCAGAGUAGACUCGAGUUCGAUAUCAAAACGUUUGUAGUCCUACCUGACGUAAAAUCAUUGUAAGAGGUUUCUUCGUAGUGUUGACAUGAUGAAGGUUGUGAUUCUCUGCCUUGUUUUGGGAUACGCUGCGGCUCAGUACUCCCCGGCUCACGGAUACGCCCCUCCAGCUCAUGCCAAAGGUGGUUAUGCGCCAGAGCCUUAUUAUCAGCCCAUCCCAUACAACUUCGGCUACGAUACGCAGAAUCACUAUGGAGACCGUCAGUGGCAACAAGAACAAGGUGAUGGCUAUGGAAACAAGCAAGGUUCCUAUGGUUACACUGAUGCUUAUGGUAUUAGCCGUCAGGUGGAGUACGUUGCUGAUGAAUACGGUUUCCGGGCUAAUAUCAAGACCAACGAGCCUGGCACCGCCAACCAGAACCCUGCUGACGUCAGUGUUUAUGCUGACCCUGUCCCUAUAAAGCACGAUGUUCCCGUUAGGGGUUAUGGCCACCCUGCCCCACAUGCCGCUGUUCCUCUCUAUCCUGCCACCCCUGUCUACGCUUCUGCAGGGGCUCAUCAUCCUGCCCAUUAUUAACAUUUUAUUAUUUAAUAAACAUGAUAUGUCUGUUUAAUCUGCUUGGUGGCGCUUCAGUAGCAGUCGUAAGAAGAAUGUAAUCCUCAGUUCUGUGGGUCCACGUAGGUCAACCAAUCAAGGCGUUCCUUCCUUAACACCUAGCAAAUUGUUAUAUUCGUUACCUAUGCUAAUAGACCUAUUUUGUAUUAUGUAUUUUGUCUGUACAUAUGUGUA